CGCUGUACAACUCCACCGCCAAACCCAAUCAGCUCACUAUGCUCCAUUUCGCAGCUUGUUGUUUUGGGCGUUACCGCCCCGUUUUGCUGGCUGUAACGCCCAGCUUAAUGACGUGUUUGGUGGGGUGGGUUGGGAAAACGGACCUGCUAGCCCAACCAACGCCCCACCAAAACACAUCAUAUAUAGAGAGAUCAAAUAACUCUCCCUUCGACAAGAAUUCACAAAGAAAAAAACCCAGAAAGAAAUGAGUAGCUUAGAAGAUGAGAAACUAAUCCAGAUGGUGUAUGAUUUUAUAGAAUCUUCAUCACCUGCUUAUUCUUCCUCUGCUUCUUCAGAUUGUAAGUCUUCCAACCAUCACCCCAAGUAUUUCACUUUACAGGAGAUUCUAAGAAGUGGAACUGAAGCUGAGAGUGAUGUCCUGAAGCAUAUAAGAUUAAGCAAAAGAGAUACUGAUAAGAAAUGGCUGGUGAAGAAGCUUCAAAUGAAUGGGUUUAAUGCUUCUCUCUGUCAAACCUCUUGGGUCACUUCCUCUGGCUGCCCUGGUGGUGAUUAUGAAUACAUUGAUAUACUAAUCAAAGAGGGGAAUGGAGAGGAAACAAGGCUUAUAGUGGACAUAGACUUCAAGUCUCAGUUUGAGCUAGCAAGGCCUACACAAUCAUACAAGGAACUCACUGAUUUGCUCCCAACAAUCUAUGUUGGAGAUGAGAUCAAGCUUAACAAGAUAAUCAGUCUUCUUUGUUCAGCCGCCAAACAGUCCCUUAAAGAUAGAGGUCUACACUUACCUCCAUGGAGGACUAGGACUUACAUGCAGUGUAAAUGGCUUAGAAGAGAAAAUGGAGAAGAAGCCAGAAAUGGAGAAAACGGUUUUGGCAGCCAUGAUUGGGUACCUCCAAUGGUUGUGAAGAAGCCCAAAAGAAGGGAUGUGGGUGGUGGGUCUGGCUUGUCUAGUCAGUUCUCAAACAUGGGUAUUCUUCUUCAGUUUUUUGGUUAAAGUUUUGAGUGCUGGUUACCACUUUCUUUGUACUGAUCAGGCAAUAUACAGGCAAAUGGUAUUAUUGUUAAGAUUGCAAUUUUGUGGCCUGUUUUCCUAUAAUGAUAGAAGAGAUUUUUGUUCCUAUUUUCA